AUCUUCCUCCCAACACCCCUUUUUCUUCUUCUUCUUGUCUCUCCAUCUCAUUCUUCUAACAAAUUCAUUAUCUUCUUCCUUUUUCCUUCUUCCUCUUUUUUUUUUAUUCUCUCCAUCUGGGUUCUGCUGGAGAACCCAGAUCGGGUCCUGCAGCAGAACCCAGAUCGGGUCCUGUUUUGCAGAACCCAGAUCUGGGUUCUGCGAUCUGGGUUCUGCUGGGUUCUGCAGCAGAACCCAGAUCUGGGUUUCUCCAGGAGAACCCGGGAGAAAAAAUGAAGGGAAAAAAAAAAAAAAGAGGAAGAAGGUACCCAUGUUUGAGAAAAUGGAUGAGCAGCUGUUAGAUGCAAUGUGUGAGCGUCUCAAACCUGUACUUUACACUGAAAAAAACUACAUUGCAAGGGAGGGGGAUCCGGUGGAGGAGAUGCUGUUUAUACUACGAGGAAAUUUGGUCAGCAUCACCACCAACGGCGGAAUGACUGGCUUCUUCAAUGCUGUUAAUCUCAAAGUCGGUGACUUUUGUGGAGAAGCACUUCUUCCUUGGGCCUUGGAUCCUCAGUCCUCCUCUCAUCCACCCAUCUCCACCAGAACCAUACAGGCUUUGUCCGAAGUCGAGGCCUUUGCUCUGUUAGCUGACGACCUCAAGUUCGUUGCCUCCCAGUUCCGGCAUCUCAAUAGCAAACAGCUCCAACACACUUUCAGAUUCUACUCCGUGCAGUGGAGGACAUGGGCGGCCAGCUUCAUACAGGCAGCCUGGCGAGACUACUGGAAAAAGAAGCUUCUUAAGUCGGUACGGGCAGAGGAUGCUAAUGACGCCGGUAAAUCGCCGAGCCUUGGCGCCACGAUUUACGCAUCGAGAUUUGCAGCCAACGCGUUGCGAAGCUUGCGACAGCAUGAGACUUCCACCCCCAGAAUGCUGCCUCAGAAGCCGGCGGAGCCUGAUUUUACUGCCCAUCAAGGCUAGUAAAUGUUAAUUCUCUGUUUUUUCUAUUUUCUGUUUUAUAUAUGCUUGGAUAGAUUCGGAAGAAUGAUACGUGGUAAACAAGGCAUGUGGAUGGGCUAUCAGGAUGGUCUUAAAUUGGCUGUUGAGAGAAAUUUUACUCACUUAAUUGUGGAAAGUGACUCUUACACUGCAGUCUCUCUUUUACAGCAAAAUCCCCCUUAUUUCCACCCACUAAAUACUGUCAUUUUUU